GUGCCGCCAAGGUGCAGAUUUUCAUGAAAACCUUCCGGGGAUGACCAUCACUCUUGAAGUUGAACCCUCAGAUACAACAAAAAAUGUAAAGGCCAAGACCCAGGAAAAGGAAAGAAUUCCUCCUGACAAGCAAAGACUAAUCUUCGCUGGCAAGCAACUGGAAGAUGGACGUACUUUGACUACAACAUUCAAAAGGAGUCCACUCUUCAUCUUAAUGUUAAGACUUCGUGGUGGUGCUAAGAAAAGGAAGAAGUCUUACACCACUCUCAAGAAGAACAAGCAUAAGAGAAAGAAGGUUAAGCUGGCUGUCCUAAAAUACUAUAAGGUGGAGGAGAAUGGCAAAAUCAGUCACCUUCAUCGGGAGUGCCCUUCAGAUGAACGUGGUGCUGGAGUUUUUAUGGUGAACCACUUUGACACACAGUAUUGUGGCAAAUGCUGUCUUACCUAUUGUUUCAACAAACCAGAAGACAAGUAAUUGUACAAUGGUUAAUAAAAGACAUGACCUAAUUUUUAAAAAAAAGAGAGAGACUAGUUAACUUACAGUACAACUAAAUAACAGUAUGUAGCCAUAGAAAAGAAUAAAGGUGAUAAUCUUAACUGCUAUGCUCUCCAAAAUAUACUGAAAUGGGGGGAAAAAAACAAAGGUACUAAAAAUAGGUGUACCAAACACACACACACCACACAAAUAUAUACACAUACACUAGCUUAUCAUGGAAAAAAUCUCUACACAGGAAACCUGUAAACUGGUUGCCCCUGUGUAGAAUGCAAGAACAGUGGAGCAGAGGAGUGAGAUGGAAGAUUUUCACUGUAUAAUCUUUUGAGCUUUGA